UAAAGAUUGGUAAACAUGAGAGAGAGCGAAAGAGAGAGAGAGACUCCCAACGUGUGAAAUAGAAUACUUAUCUCUAAUUCCUCUCACUCUCUCUCUCUCUCUAAUUAAAGCGAACAUGGCGGCCGAGGAACUCAAGAGUGAAGCCAACGAGUAUUUCAAAAAACAGCAGUACGAGAAGGCCAUCGCACUGUACACACAAGCCAUAGAGAUCGACGGGAGCAACCCAAUAUUGUACGGGAAUCGAAGUUUUGCUCACCUGAGGAUGGAAAGCUUCGGAUACGCUCUUCGUGAUGCGUCAAAGGCCCUGGAACUUGAUAGGACGUACAUUAAGGGAUACUAUAGGAGGGCAUCUGCUUAUAUGUCCCUGGGAAAGUUCAAGCUGGCCCUUAAGGACUACGAAACGGUCACCAAGACGCGACCUGGAGACAAGGACGCGCGGUUGAAGUACCAGGAGUGCCAAAAAGUCGUGAAGAUGAUGCUGUUUCAGAAAGCCAUUGCUGUUGAAGAGGAUUCUAAGAGUGUUGCGGCUUCUAUUGAUCUAGAGGCUAUGGUGAUAGAAGACGACUAUUCUGGGCCGAGACUCGAGGACGGCAAGGUGACGGAAGGCUUUAUGGAAGAUCUCAUUCAUCACUACACACAGCAGAAAAAACUCCACCGAAGAUAUGCUUACAAGAUUCUCCUGGACAUGAAGGAGUACCUCAAGUCCCUGCCAUCCUUGGUAGACAUCCCGGUAGACAACGCGGAGAAAUUCACCGUCUGCGGCGACAUACACGGCCAGUUUUUCGACCUUCUCAACAUCUUCCGGCUGAACGGUAGACCAGGAGUCGCGAACCGAUAUCUCUUCAAUGGGGACUUUGUUGAUCGCGGGAGUUUCUCGGUAGAGGUUAUUUUCAUCCUCUUUGGCUACACCCUCCUCUUCCCUGGCAGAUUCUAUAUGUCAAGAGGUAACCACGAGAGCCUGACUAUGAACCAGAUGUACGGCUUUCAAGGGGAAGUGAAAGCCAAGUACACGUCUCAGAUGGUUGAGCUGUUUACGGAAGUGUUCAAUUACCUUCCUCUCUGCCACUGCAUUAAUGGAAGGGUUCUUGUCAUGCACGGUGGCCUGUUCUCCUCCGACAAUGUGACCCUGGAUGACCUCAGGAAGAUUGACAGGAACAGGCAGCCUCCAGAUGAAGGUCUGAUGUGCGAGUUACUGUGGAGCGACCCAAUGCCAGGUCAAGGGAGAGCUCCGAGCAAACGAGGAGUCGGCAUUCAGUUCGGUCCAGAUGUCACCAAACGAUUCCUGGAGUUAAACGGCCUUGACUACAUCGUUAGGUCACAUGAGGUCAAGGCAGAAGGGUAUGAGGUCGGACAUGGUGGGGAUUGCAUCACAGUGUUCUCAGCCCCUAACUACUGUGACACAAUGGGAAACAAAGGAGCUUUUAUUAUCGUUAAUGGAAAGGAUCUGAAACCUCAGUUUACUACUUACGAGGCUGUUCCCCAUCCACCAGUGAAACCAAUGGCAUAUGCAAAUUCGAUUUUUAGUUUGUUCAGUUGAGUGAGCUAUCUUUAAAUCUCUCUCUCUCUCUCUCUCUCUCUCUCUCUCUCUCUCUCUCUCUCUCUCUCUCUCUCUCUCUCUCUCUCUCUCUCUCUCUCUCUCUCUCUCUCUCUCUCUCUCUCUCUCUCUCUCUCUCCUUAUUAAGUGUUUAAUGAAAAUUUGUUAGAAGAGGAGAAGGAAGAAGAGGAAGAAGAAGAGGAAGAAGAAGAAGAAGAAGAAGAAGAAGAAUGUGUGUGUGUGUGUGUAUGUGUGUGUGUGCGUGCGUGUGUGCGCUUGCUACAGUACACACACCUUAUAUAUAAAUUUAAAUCAAUAUUAUAAGUAAUUUUAAGUAAUAAUAGUCUUUAGUAGUAGUAGUAGUAGUAGUAGUAGUAGUAGUAGUGAUUAUACUGAUGAAUAUAAGUAGUAGUAGUAGUUGUAGUAGUAGUAGUAACACACACACACACACACACAUACACACACAUACACACACACACACACACACACACACACAUGUAAGUUAAAUUUAUACCUAACAUAAAUAUUUGUAAAGUU